AUGGUCUCACAAACCUGGCUCAUACUCCUGCCGCAAGUAACCUUACUUGAGCAGCUCGGGAAGAUUUCGGUGGCGAAGGCGGAAAGAGGGGAGCUUGAAGGGUUCUGCCACUCCAGACAUUGGGAGCGCGUCGCAACAAUGCGCCCUGGUUCGUCCCUCUCUCAUUUGAUGCCAGUUUAUUUGAGACCUCUCGCUGCUCGAGUAUACUCAUCUUCUGGUUGCCAUAUACACCGAUCUAUAUGUCAUUAUGCGCGUCGAACCUCUAUACACCCACGCGUAUCCAUCGCGGCCCCGAGAGCUUACCUACGAGGCGCAAAGACUAAAGCGACGGUGAAAUUGAAAGAUCUCCCCCAGGGAAUUUUGAAACUCGAAGCAUACGACGAUCGGGUAGAUGAGGCUCCUCGCUACCCGACUGUGGUGCAGGGACACCGAAACAAUAUGCAGACAUUCAAAAACUGUGUUGUCUUGACCCGAGUCGGUGGCUUCUACGAGCUUUAUUUCGAACAAGCAGAAGAACUGGCACCAUUGCUUAGCCUCAAACUUGCAACCAAAAGAACCAAUGGCGGACCGGUUCCGAUGGCUGGUUUCCCCUUCUUCCAGCUCGAUCGUUUUCUAAAGAUCCUUGUCCAAGACCUCAACAAGUAUGUUGCUAUUAGCGAAGAAUUUGCUAUCAACGCAGAAGAUAAAGCACGUUCUGGGGGCCUCCUAUUCGAUCGAAAGGUUGCUCGGAUAAUCACGCCUGGCACUCUGGUUGAUGAGAAGUUCAUUGACCCUUCAGAGCAUAAUUUCUUGUUGGCCAUAUACCUGGACAUUCCGACUUUGCAAAUGCAAUCAAAGCAACAAGUAAGCAACGAAACCCAUCAACAUAUACUGUCAUCUGUGCCCCAAAAAGUGGGACUCUCGUGGCUUGACCUCUCAACUGGCGAUUUCUUCACUCAACUCACAACGGCUCAAAUGCUACCCUCUGCAAUUGCACGGAUUGGAGCUCGCGAAAUUCUAGUAGAUCAGAAUUUGCAAGAUCUUAUUGGACAUGAAUUGCAAAUGCUUGUUGGACACGAUCAUCGCCUUGUCACCUUCUUUCAAUUUCCCGGAGCAAUUAAACCAGUGUCUGAAUGGGGUCCAAUGCUCGAGUCCCCCGUCCUCGAAGCUAUGCGCGCCUCAUUCACAUCAGAGGAAGUAGCGGCUGGGUACAGCCUGCUCGAGUACAUUCGCGUGCAGUUACGAGGAUCAAAUCUCAAACUUCAACCCCCAAUCCGAAGACAUUUGAAUGAAUCUAUGAGCAUUGAUCGUAACAGCUUGAGUGGUCUUGAGAUUCUCGAAACAGCGAGAGACGGCUUUGGGAAAGGAAGUCUUCUCCACGCCGUGCGAAGGACGUCCACAAAAAGUGGUGCACGACUUUUGCGAGACCGACUCACUUCCCCGUCUACGUCUUUACAAGUUAUCAAUGAGCGUCUAGACCUCGUCUCGGUCUUCAUAGAACAUGUGGAGCUGCGUGACAGCGUCGUCCAGCUUUUGAAGCGCAGUUACGAUUCUCAGCGUUUAGUUCAAAAAUUUGCAUUUGGAAAAGGGGAUCCAGAUGACUUGAUAUGUCUCUCGCGCGCUAUCGAGGCCUCUAAGGAAGUCAGACAAGUUCUCCUCAAUCACAAUAAGGGGCCAGUCUCGCCUAGUGCUUCUGAUUCGAACCAUAGUCUUGCCGGCAUGGUCUCCCGACUUUUUCUUGAUGGUCCUAUCGCGCUGGCAGAGAAAAUUUUAGCGGCUAUUGAUGAAGAAGGUCUGUUACAAAAGCAGCGCAUUGAGGAUAGUACCGCUGCGGAGGCAGCGAGUCUGGCGCAGCAGGUAACUAUGAAUGAGGGAACAUCGAGCGAGUUCAAAGCGCUCCCGAAAAAGGUCAGAGCAAAAAAGAGCGAGAGAAUUGCCAAGGUUGAUAUUGAGUCCGGUCCUCUGGAUACUUGGAUUAUGAGGCGUGACGCAAGCAGCAUUUUGAAUGCACUCCACGCAGAGCUGGAAGAGUUGGGUGAUGAAAAGAUUUCACUGACUCGACAUCUCCGUGAUUCGGUCGAUUCGUCAGCCCUGAGUCUCAAAUGGACACCAGGGCUCGGCCACAUCUGCCAUGUUAAAGGGACUAAGAUAUCCCAAAAAUCUCUGGAAGACUUGGGGGUCACUCGUAAUGUCUCGUCUACCAAAUCUACUCGGUCAUUUUACCUACCAACUUGGACCGACUUAGGGUCCAGAAUGGACCAGGCGAAGAUUCGGAUUCGCCAAGAGGAGCAAUCAAUCUUUGAACGUCUGCGACGUGAAGUGAUCCUAAACCUUGUUAAGAUCCGCCGAAACGCAGCAGUCAUGGAUGAGUUAGACGUGGCAUGUUCAUUCGCAACUUUGGCUCAGGAACAGCAAAUGAUACGACCGAUUCUCAAUGACGGCACCUGCCAUAAAAUUGUCGGUGGAAGACAUCCCACUGUCAAACUGGGGUUGGAGGAACAAGGGCGAUCAUUUGUGAGCAACGAUUGCUACUUGGGCGAUUCUGAGCGUAUAUGGCUCAUUACCGGGCCAAACAUGGCAGGCAAAAGCACUUUCUUGCGACAAAAUGCUCUGAUCACAAUUCUCGCACAGGUUGGAUCGUUCGUACCUGCAGCUUAUGCUGAGAUCGGCAUCGUCGAUCAAAUCUUCAGCCGAAUAGGUGCAGCAGACGACCUCUUCCGUGACCAAUCCACGUUCAUGGUAGAAAUGUUGGAAACCGCUACUAUUCUCAAACAGGCCACUCCCAAGUCGUUUGUCAUCAUGGAUGAAGUAGGCAGAGGCACUACUCCUGAAGAUGGCACCGCUGUUGGCUUCGCCUGUCUACAUCAUUUACACUAUCAUACCCAGUCUCGGGUUCUUUUUGCCACUCAUUUCCAUGCCCUUGCGGACAUGACAGAGGGCUUCGAAAAGCUGGCGAGAUACUGCACCGAUGUUAAGGACAUGGCUUCGGGUGCAUUCUCUUUCGUUCACCGGCUGCGCAAAGGUGUCAAUCGCCAAUCUCAUGCGCUGAAGGUUGCCCAGCUAGCUGGUUUACCUAAAGAAACCCUCGAAUUAGCUAUGCGAGUACGCCAGAAGAUAAGGGAACAAGGGCCAUCGCCUCGGAUCACCGAUGAAGAUUGA